AUGUCUGGGACAUUAUGGAAUGAGCUGGGAAUUGCAUUCCCGAAUGACAAGAAUGGAAGUAGAAUCAUCUUCACGAGUCGAUCUUCUAAUGUAGCUUCACAGGUUCAAUAUGGUGGAGAACCUCACUAUCUUCGCCCACUCAGUGAGAAAGAAAGUUUUGAAUUACUUCAGAAGAAGGUAUUUGGAAAAGAAGAUUGUCCUCAAGCAUUGCAUGGAUUGGGAAUGGAGAUUGCCAAAAAGUGCAGGGGAUUGCCACUUGCACUUGUUGUUGUAGCUGGAGUCCUAGCAACUAUAGAGCGUGAUAUUUGUGUUUGGGAAGAAUUUGCUGAAAGUUUAACUUCGACCAUGGUGUCUGGUACAGACCAGUGCAAGAAGUCAUUGGAGCUCAGUUAUGAGCAUUUACCAUAUCACUUGAAGGCAUGCUUGCUGUAUUUUGCUGCAUUUCGAGAAGAUGAAAAAAUUGGUGCCAAGAAUUUGAUGCGUCUAUGGAUUGCAGAAGGCUUUGUGGAAAAAGUUGAAGGAAAGAGGUCAGAGGACACUGCAGAAGAAUAUCUGAUGGACCUAAUUGGUCGAAAUUUAGUUAUGGCAAGUGAAAGCAGGUCCAUUGGUGGAGUCAAAACUUGUUACAUUCACGAUUUGAUAUUUGAGUUCUGUAAGACAGAGGCAAAGGCAAAGAAUUUUCUUCAGGUCCUGCGAGGAUAUGAUGAGCUUUCUACCUUUAAUGUACCUCCCUACCUACAUCGAUUGUCCAUUUGCUCCAGUGGAGAAGAUUUUAUAAAGUCAAAGCUAUUUUGUCCACAUUUAGGUACUCUGCUAUUCUUUGAUGCUACUCCAGGAGAUGAGUUUGAGUUGCGUAACAUCUCAUUCCUUUUUUGCAUCUACAAACAUCUUGAAGUUUUGAAUUUAGAGGACAUUAACCUGAGGCUGAAGGAGCUUCCAACUGAAGUCGAAUCACUUCUUUGUUUGAGGUACUUAGCCCUUAAAGGUCGGACCAUGGAAUUCAUUCCACCAUCUAUAGCCAAGCUCUCACAUUUGGAAACCUUCAUUCUAAAUUCUUGCAUGACGGUUUCAUUGCCAGAUAGCAUCUGGAACAUGAAGAAUUUGAGGCAUGUCUAUGUAAGGGGUGACGUUGCUAUUGGUCUUUCUUCCAAUGACAAUAAUGUUGUUGAAAACCUCUCCAAUUUAGACACACUCUCUACUCUGUGUAUUUAUUUUGAUCAAGGGGGAGAGAACAUAUUGAGAAGGAUUCCCAACGUUCGCCGACUUAAAAUUUUCUGUUUGGCACUAAAUGCACUAAAUAGAGCAUGCCGCAACAUGAGUCAGCUAGAAUGCCUAGAAUCACUCACCUUGGGGAGCUUCAACUUCUCAGGUUCACGAGAACAUGUCGAGCUUUCUUUUCCCAUGAAUUUGAAAAAGUUGUGUCUUUCCUUCCUGGGCCUUCCCUGUAGGAAAAUGUCAUUGAUUGAACAACUACCCAAUCUUGAAGUCCUCAAAUUAAGAGUUCAGUCAAUGGAGGGCCAAAAAUGGGAGCUGAUGGAAGGAGGAUUCCCUAAACUCAGGGUCUUGACUUUGUCUGAAUUAGACUUUGUGGAGUGGACAGAGACAGACCCUCACAGUGAUGAUUACUUCCCGUGCCUUCAGCAAUUAAAACUCCUCAAAAAUUCUAAUUUGGAAAUGGUGCCUGCUUGUUUAGGGCGUAUAUCUACUCUUGCAAACAAUUAAGGUCAGAUUUUGCAGAGAUGGUGUUGACUCUUUAGUACGGAAAAUUGAAGAAGCACAGAAAAAUUAUGGAAAUGAGAAUCUGAAGGUCAUCAUCAUAGGUUGAAGGGCAUCAAGCUGGUUGCAAUAUCUGGGAGUUUUUCCACUUGAGAUUGUAGUUGGUCAUCUAUGCGGUCUGGCUUUCUUUGGUGUUUUGUGGAAGAUGGAGGUAAAAGUUGAAAA